AGAUACUCAAUUCCUUUGGACUCUCUCUCUCUCUCAUAACACGCUUUUUCACUCCCUACCUCUUUCCCAAGCUGAUUAGGGUUUGAAAUGUGGAGGGAUAAUGGGAGAUAAUGAAGAAGUUUCAGUGUUGAAGACUGAGGAAUCGCCUCUAGGGUUGCUUUCCUCCUCGCCUUCAUCUCCAUCGUCUUCAUGUGUUCCUGAUGAUGUCCUCAGUAACACUGUCGCUGUCGAAACCCUAGAAGGAGAGUUUCAGAAUUUAGCCUUGGAGGAAAACACUAACACUGACAAUAACAAUGAAGAUAAUGAGAAUGUCGGGGGCGAUUCCGAUGUCAAAGAGGAAAAAAUCAAUACUUUUCAGUAUCCCCAGAGAUCCGACGAACCAGAUUGCUCUUAUUAUCUUCGGACCGGGACAUGUCGCUAUGGAUCAAACUGUAGAUUUAAUCACCCUAUCAGAUGGAAAAAUCAGGCAUCAGGGUCAUCGGAUCCGCCGGAAUCAGUUCAGGUUUCUAAGGAAAGGGAAAAGGAAAAUGAAGGAUCUCCAGAAAAGACUGGGCAGACAGAAUGCAAGUAUUACUUGAGGACAGGAGGGUGUAAGUUUGGGAAAGCUUGUAGAUACAGUCAUCCUCGAGAAAAAAGUGUAGUAGGAUCUCCUCUAGAGCUAAACUUCUUGGGCUUGCCAAUCCGUCCGGGAGAGAAAGAGUGCCCGUAUUAUAUGCGUACUGGUUCCUGCAAGUAUGCAACUAACUGCAGGUUUCAUCAUCCUGAUCCUACUGCUGUGGGAGGGAGUGAUCCUCUUUCUGGUUACAAUAGAAGUGGAUCUGUCUCAUUGCAUUCAUCAGGUGCAUCACAACCAGCAUUAACAUCCUGGUCUUCACCUAGAACCUCAAAUGAUUCUGUUCCUUAUAUGGAGGCCUCCACACCCUAUGUACCAGUGGUGCUCCCACCACCUCGAGGAGUUCAUGCAAAUUCUGAGUGGAAUGGGUAUCAGGCCCCAGUAUAUCCACCAGAAAGGUGUAUACAUCCUCCAUCAGCCAUGAUCCUGAAUAAUCCAACAAAGAUGGUCAAUCCUACCACACAACAGCAGACGCAUGGUGAAGAAUUCCCUGAGAGACCUGGACAACCUGAGUGUAGUUAUUUUAUGAAAACUGGGGACUGUAAAUAUAGGUCAGCAUGUAAGUACCACCAUCCGAAGAAUCGAGCCCCCAAAUCAUCAGUUUGCACUCUUAGUCCCAUGGGCCUGCCAUUGAGACCUGACCAGAGCAUCUGUACACACUACAACCGCUAUGGCAUUUGCAAGUUUGGGCCUGCUUGUAAAUUUGAUCAUCCAAUAAACUGUGCUCCUUCAACUUCUUCAAUCGUAUCCACCCCAAGUCAGCCACCAUCCUUCGGUGUCUCCUCAUCUCUGGACGGAUGUGGAAAUGGAGGCGAUGCUUUGAUCCAACAGUCUGUGUGAGAAAUUUUGAAUCCGUCGCCUUUCUCUAACAAACAUGAUAAAAGGGCAUUGUGCCAUUGUGUAAGGUAUCGGGAUUUUUUUUUCUUGGUUACUGAAAGCUGUUCUGAGGAUGACAUUACAAAUAUAUGCAUAUACCUUUUGCUUUUGGAACAUCA